AUGGACGGUCUGCGACAGCGGUUCGAGCAGCUUCUGGAACGGAGGAACCUGGCCACCGAGGUGCUCGGGGCGCUCGAAGCCAGGACCGGUGUCGAGAAGCGGUAUUUGGCCACGGGAGCCGUGACGCUGUUAGGCCUAUAUCUUCUAUUCGGCUACGGGGCAUCUCUGCUGUGCAAUCUCAUCGGAUUUGUAUACCCCGCAUAUGCUUCAAUCAAGGCUAUCGAGAGUCCCAACAAAGAGGACGACACUUUGUGGCUCACAUACUGGGUGGUCUACGGCCUCUUCGGGCUGGUAGAGUUCUUCAGCGAUCUACUCCUGUUCUGGUUCCCUUUCUACUACGUGGGAAAGUGCGCCUUCCUGUUAUUCUGCAUGACGCCCGGGCCCUGGAACGGGGCCCACAUCCUGUAUCAUCAUGUCGUCCGUCCACUGUUUCUAAAGCAUCGCGCAGCGGUGGACAGCGUCGUCAGCGACCUCAGCGGGCGAGCCCUGGACGCGGCAGCCGGACUCACCAGGGAGGGCCGGGCAAACGUGACACAGCCGCAGAAGGACAGGUGAAGCCACCCGCCAACUCUUGUGAAAACCUCCAGGCUGGGGAGCUGGAUGCACCA